AUGUUGGUAGUUUGUUGUGUGUGUGUGCUGUGGCAGCUCCCCGUCCAGAAUCGAUUAAUUGAAACGCCUCAGACAACCGUCGUCACAGACGAUGGCGGAUUGGACUAUGCGCUUACCUAUGUCACCGUUUCAGAAAGGUUGAUGGCAAAUUUAUCGACGUCGAAUUUUCUUGCCUCACUAUGCAGCCCACUGUCAUCCAGCCUGAGUAGCUCUGAAUCAUGUUCCAGCAUAUCUUCCGAAUCGUCCGCUUCUUCCAAUUCCUUGACACCAUCAGUUCAGUUUGUUGCCAGUAAACAGUGUCAAGCGUUGAUUCUGAGUCCAGUUCGAGUCGCUAACUUUUUCGCCACUCGAAAACGGCUUUACAAGAAGGAUGUUCGGCGACAGCUCGCCAGUGAAGGAGCAGCAGCAGCCUCAAACGACGGUCAAGAUAUUAAUAACAAUAGCAACAUAUCAUUAGGCGAAGGUGGUUUCGGUGCGGUGUUCCGUAGUUCGUACAACAAUCACGAUGUGGCCAUCAAACAACUCUAUCAGAAACGACAUUCACCAUCGUCCGACUUCGUUUCGCUUUGNUGCACUUUUCUAUUCGAACGCAUUCAGACAAGUUUUGUUCAGGUGAUUAGUGCGCUUUGGCAUUGUCAUUCGAAUUUCAUUUUGCAUCUGGAUUUGAAAUCAUCAAAUGUUGUCGUAUCGGAUGAUGCACUUGUAUGUCGUUUGUCGGAUUUCGGUUGUUCAAGAAGAGCGAUUCCGGUCGAGAAUGGCGAUCUGUUAGUGGCAAACGGUGUGACGAAUUAUGACGAAAAUUUCGGUACAGUUGCCUACAAAGCACCAGAACUGUUCAAGGCAUGUGAACUAUUUCGCUUAUUUGUUGCAAGAUCUGGAUGA